UUUGAAUAAUUAUUUUGCGAAUAUAAUUAUCUGUACUUAUGCUCCUUUUCUUUUUUGAACAUAGAGCUUCUUCUGUAAACUGAAUGACCAUAUGCUUCUCGUACAAAAAGUGGCAGCUUCAAUAUUACAAAGCAGGGAGAAAUACUGGAAGGAUAUGGUAGAGAAGAUCAAAUCAUUAGAAGAAGAAGCUAUUCAACAAGGAACCCAUUUGGAAAAAGUUUUACAGGACUGGAUGGCAUUUGAUGAGAACUACGUUUCAUUCUGCCAAAAGCUGGAAGCACUUUCACCCACAAUGCCUUUUGUGGCUUUAGUGGAAGAGACAGAAGAAAGAAUAAUGGAAAGGACUCAUCUCCUCCAGGAAAUCCAAAAGAACAUUGAAGGGGAACAGGCUAGAUAUUAUCAAAUAGUGAAAGAAGGGAAAAAUUUGACAGAACUUCUGAGAUGCCCAGAAUUGCAAUCCAAGAUUGAGAAGCUGGAACAUCAGUGGGCAUCUUUUUCCCAAAGAGUUGGCCAUGAACUACAAAGACUUGAGACAUUGCACAAACUCUUGUCCAGUUACAACAAAGAUACAAAGGAGCUCAAUGUCUGGUUGGAAUCUGCACAGCAAAAUAUGAACUAUUGGAAGGAGCAGUCUCUCAAUGCAUCUCAAGACCAGAAUACUGUCAGGAACCAUAUUCAGAGUUUGCUUGAAUUCUCUAAAGAAGUUGAUAAUAAAUCUUCCUUGAAAUCUUCUGUCAUAAGUACCGGAAACCAACUGUUGCUUACUAAGGAAUCUGAUGAUGCAAAAUUGCGCUCAGCUUUGGCAGAAUAUGAGCAGAGAUGGACCAACCUUGUUGUUCAAUUACCAGGCAUCCAAGAGAAGUUUCACCAGCUCCAGAUGGCAAAAUUGUCAUCUUAUGAAGCCAUCGCAGAACUGAAUGCCUGGAUGAAUUGCAUUGAUCAGCAAAGAAGAGAUGAGGUUGUAAUUAAUUUGCAAAGUUCUGCCAGCUUGAAAGGCCUUCUUAGGAGGUACAAG